CAUUGCUAGUUCAGUAAAGAUCGUGAUAGCUUCGUCAUCGUGUCUUCCUCUCUCGACUCCGGUAGUGACCACUCAGACUUCCCGAUGAAGUCCAGUGUCAAGUCACCUUCCUCGAUAGAAAAGCAGCCAGAUCUCCCCGAGGACUGGAAACCACCAUCCCGGUUUCACGUUCGGGUUUGCUUCACUGUCAUCUGCUACUUCUCUAUCGGAAAGCCCAAUCUUGAGGAACUUUGGCAAGAGGUGAGAGAGCAGGGCUGGAAGAAGCGUAACAGGCUUUUUCGGCACCAAGUGCUGCGUUUUCUCUGCAUGCAAGGAGCGACCUUUUUUAUUUAUUUCAUGCUCAUGACGAAUCCACCCCGGGUUCAUGUUUCCACCGUACAUUACGACAUGUUGGUUGCCUUAUCAUUCACGUGCUCGCUGAAGGGACCAUUCUAUCACUUUUUGUUCUGGAAAUCCGACGCGGAUAUCGAGAUGCAUGAAAGGAUCAACCAAGGGAAACCGUUCCAGUUGUCGCGUCGAAAAGUGUUGAUUCACAUUAGUCUCGUUCGCUUGGCUAACCUUGCUGCCAUGGGCUCUUGGGGGAUAUCUCGCAGGCGGUUUGAUUUCGAUUGUUCUGGGAGGUAAAACAUUUACCUCUCAUGCGGCGGCUGGUGCGGUCGCCCUGCUCUUGCAUAAAAUGAUGGUGGUGGAAGACGAACUAGUGUCCCUAAUCUUGAAUUCAUUAGCUUCCAUUCUAUAUUUCGGCAUGGCCAUGCGUUUCAUCAGUAUGCAACAAUAUUAAUCAUCACUAGGGUUCUUUUUUGGUAGAUUGUAUGGUUGCCGCAGCCCAUGUGCCACGUAUCUUGAUGCAUUCGCUUAUCGAUGCACCUUUCAUCUACGUUCACUUUUUGUUCAUUAUUUCACGAUUCUUUAAUAACCUUUCUUUUUGAUGAAAACUGAGUUAUUCUCCCUUCAA